CUUUGUGUCCAGGGGAUUUGUCUACUUGGCUUGAUUCCCUCUGCAGCAGACAUGCCUGGGCUUGUUCCUCUGGGAGGGAGCGUGCUUACCUGUGUGACAGUCUUCGGGUCACCUGAAUAACAGAGCUCUCAGCCCCUGUUCCGGAACAAUCAGAACUUCACUCAGAGGCUGACAGUGGAAAAUACAGCGAGAAUUCACUGAGGGUUCCUUCUUAUUUCAAAAUGGAAACAGUGAUAUCACAGAAACAAUUAUUUUACACAUCCAACUUCAGACAAGACUUCUGCAAACAGAAAUAAAAAAAGACUUUUCCAGUUCAUGCUGUUUUCCCUAAACAAAGGAAAAGAAAUCAAUCUCUGACCUUCGAAACUGAAAGCCUAAUUAGCAAUUGUGUACUUUGGUCACUCAGAAAUCGCCCGAUGGAAACAAAGCCUCAUCAUACACCGAAACUAUCGCUCUCAGGUGUUUCUUCAAAAGAAAUCAACCGUCUCUACAGAAACAUUUAUAAAUUAAUCAAUAGACUUGUUCAGAAACACAGUCAUCCCAUAUGUCACUAUUUCAAAGUAAAAGAUACAAAAUAAAUGGGAUUAACAUGAAAAUAGAUCAUGCCUUAUAUCACACAACCAAGAGGGUAUUAGAUGAUUAUUUAAAUAGAGACAAUGUGUUGGCUUCUCAGGGAAAGGGUGGAGUUUGGUGCUGAGUGGUUACACUCACUCAGUGAACAAGUGCUGAUCUGAUGUACGGACAGCUUCAAGAUCCACAGGAACAAUUCUGUCGUCUGCUUUAUCGUGCAGAAUCUAUGGCUUCGUUUCAUACAUUGCUCCGAACUGAGAUUGGGAAAUUCGAGAAGCAUGUUCGAGAUUGUAGAGAUACGUUCGAUCUGGGGAGACUGAGUCAAUUUCUAACUGCACUGACUGAGCCUGACACAGGGAGUGUUGACAGCGUUCAGCAAGUCAGACAGCUGGCCAGGGAGCGAGGGAACAACAAGUUGCUAUGCAAAGGCAGCAGCUGUGAUGCUAGUGCCUACGCCUCAUGGCUCUGCACCUACAUAGACUACCUCCGAGCUCUGAAGGAGACAUUUGAUGACAAGGUUAUUAUUCCUCUCUGUGAAGAGCUGUACGUUAAUGAGGACACAGGAAGCCAGAGAGUUCACAGCGAUUCCUCCAACUGCUCCUCUUCAUUAUCCUCACAAGCCAGCUCCCAACAGGAGAGAGUUUCUGAGAGCUGUCUGAUGGGCCAGCAAGAGAUGCGAAUGGACUCAAUCCCAAAGAUUGCAAAGGAGCUGUUUAAUGUGCGGAGGAAGUGGGCACUGCUCCUGACUGCAGACACUAUCAGAACUGAGUACUUCACAUCCCAGAGUAUUACUGACCUCCACAAGACAGACACCCCCAAACAUCUGAACAAGAUCCUACGGUUGGUACCCGACAUUUACUGCAAAUGUUUAUUGACUGCAGAUCUGGCGAGACAAUGGUUACAGCUCCAUGAACGUAGGUACGGUGGCGUGACCCUCCCAGUCCCUGUAACGGACAGCAACAGGCAGAGAACAGGCACUCAGUCCCUGGACAGGGGGAAGGGGCUGUCAGUGUGUGAGGAGGCACAAGGAAUGGUCUCCAGGAAAAGAGAAAAGCAACUUCACCCAAUGCCCAAGGUGACAUCAGAAGAACUUGAUGAUCUCAACUAUGAGAAGGUGAGGGUAAGAGUGGAUGAUGAAGAACUUCAUUACCUCGUCAGGAGAGAGGAACGUGUCCGAAACCUGCAGAGACUGACCCAAAAGUCAGGGUUCAGAGUUCAUGAACUUCAGCUGCAACUGGAACAGGUGAAGCAGGGAAUGGACCUGAUCCAUCGAAGGCAAGAGGUUGAGGGAGGGAAUAAUGGGACACCUCAGACAAACCUUCGUCUCAUUGAGGAGCUGGAGGGAAAACUGAGGCUGGAAAAGUACAAGUACAGGAUCCUGCAAGCUGAUUGGCUGCUGCAGCUGGAAAUCGAACCCUAUGCGAUCCGUCACAUGGAGCUGUUACGAGAUCAACAAGAGAAAUCCCAAAGACUGGAAAGAGAGAAGGCUCCACAGAGAAAUCACACACACUGACCCUCACUGGGGUACACUCCCACACACACUGACUCUCAGUGGUGUACACACCCACACACACUGACUCUCAGUGGUGUACACUCCCACACACACUGACUCUCAGUGGUGUACACUCCCACACACACUGACUCUCACUGGGGUACAGUCCCACACACACUGACUCUCACUGGGGUACACACCCACACACACUGACUCUCACUGGGGUACACACCCACACACACUGACUCUCAGUGGUGUACACACCCUCACACACUGACUCUCAGUGGUGUACACUCCCACACACACUGACUCUCACUGGGGUACACACCCACACACACUGACUCUCACUGGGGUACAGUCCCACACACACUGACCCUCACUGGGGUACACACCCACACACACUGACUCUCACUGGGGUACACACCCACACACACUGACUCUCAGUGGUGUACACACCCUCACACACUGACUCUCAGUGGUGUACACUCCCACACACACUGACCCUCACUGGGGUACGGCUGGAAUUGUCCAUUCUGAGUUGUCUGCAGACGACUAGAAGAACGAGGAACAUUCUGGCGCAUUUAGUUCCUGCAGCCUGUGAUUGUGGCCGUCGCUUUCCUGCCUGUCGAUGAUCGUGGGCUGUAUUGUACAAUUAGGUAAAAACAAGGACUGCAGGU